AUGGCGUACCCUCCGGGCUUCCUGUUCCCGCCGCCGCCGCUGUCCUCUUGCCCCUCUGUGGUGCUGGGGUCGCGCGCCGGCCAUGAGGGCUCGGCCUUCGCUCCAUACUCCUCCUCCGGCCCGCACGCGCCCUACGGAGCAGAGCCGCGCACCGCCUCCGCCAUCAGCUCCUUCCUGAGUCCUGGUUUCGAGGCUUCCACUGCUUUGGACUUUCACCCCUUUGCACCCUUGGGAUCCUGCCACCCGUACGCUGACCCCGCCUACAGGAAAAAUGCCACCCGCGACGCCACGGCAACGCUCAAGGCCUGGCUGAAUGAGCACCGCAAAAACCCCUACCCCACCAAAGGAGAGAAGAUCAUGCUAGCCAUCAUCACCAAAAUGACACUAACACAGGUGUCCACGUGGUUCGCUAACGCGCGCAGGAGGCUAAAGAAGGAGAACAAGAUGACCUGGACCCCCCGAAACCGCAGCGAAGACGAAGAGGAGCCCGAGGAGCUAGAACCAGAGCGACCAGACGAGUAUGAACCAGCACUGAGGCAGGACCACCACCAGGGGGAGACAGACCCUCCCAAACCCAAGCUGUGGUCUCUGGCUGAAAUUGCCACAUCUUCGGACACAAAACCCACCCAGGACCCCCCCACCCAAAGGACUUCGUUCACCCAUGGGAGCCCCCUAAGCAGACCGCUGUACUUUUCCCCCACGUAUAUCUACCACUACAGCCCCGUGCCUCCCAAACAGUCAGUCUUCUCUGGUCUCCGGUCCACACCCCCGCAGCUCUUCUUCUGUUACUCUUCAGUCACUCUCACAGCAGCAGUGACAGCACAGCCCCGGAGCGAGAGAGCCCCCUGCUGGUCACGGCCCCUCACAGCAGACGGCCACAUUCACGCCGCACCUGUGCCAGAGCGGUGCAUGCUGGGAAGUCCCUGCUCACCUGUGGAGGCGGAGUCCAAACAGGCAUAUGUCCUCGAGGCUUCAUCUGUCGUCCCUGCAGGAGUCCGACAGGCCACAGGGGGCGCUGUCAACACCUCUGAGCGCGUGCCAAAGACCAGGUCCUUGAACACAUCGCGGUUUACGGGAGAGUGCUGA